UCAAAAUCGAGCUCCCUUUUUACUCUUAAUAAGCAGUACACUCAUCGGAGGGCUUGCCCGACGCCUCGAGACAAGCCCCUGUGGUCGUCACCAAUCGAAGCUAUUCAAUGAAAAAUCUUUGAAAUGACGCAUUUAUCAUUAUCAUUUUCCUGUUGACAUUGGUAGGAAUAUCUAGAGCGGACUAUGUCGAUGCAGGCGAAGAUUUAGAGUCAAAGCGUACAGCUCUGGAGGCUGCAAUCGGUAACAACGUUGAGAUCGUAACAUUCAAUGAUGAAGCAGGAAGGCAGACUGCUAAAAUACUUUGGGUAAAACCAACGUCUGUAAGACAGAUACAGCUGCUGAUGGGUGAGGCUAAAAAUCUAGGACUUGGAAUACGUGUUGUCGGCGGCGGUCAUUCAUGGUCUCCCUUGUUCCCAGACCCCUACCAAAUAGGCGUGAGCCUGGAUGAUCUUCGCGGAGAGAAAUAUUGGUUGAACGAGGAGAAAACUAAAUUGACAGUAUUAUCAUCGGAACGAAUUCAAGAUGUUGUAAAGUGGGCAGCUGGCGAGGGAGUGACAUUAGGUCCCAUUCCAGUUGGACCAGACUACACGAUACCUGGCAUGACAGCUACAGGUUGUCACGGAUCAAGCACACAAUUUGGCCCAUUUGCCAAUAUGGUUUAUGGAUAUGAGUUGGUAGAUGGCAAUGGCAAUGUCAGGAAGUUUAACGAAGAUGACAACAAGGAGAUCAUUGAUGCAUGCAGAGUUCACCUGGGCUUGUGUGGUAUCAUAUAUAAAACGAUUCUGAAGGUAAUCCCUGAUGUGAAACAAAAGUACACGUACGCCACAAACAUUCCUGUUCAAAAACUUCUUGACGACAACAAUCGGCGGGAUUUGGUAAUGAACAACUGGGCCGUCUACCUCGUAUUCAUGAUUGACUUUAAAUCAGCAACAGAAGAGGAAAUGGAACAAAUGCAAGCAGACCCAUUAAGGAGAAUACCAGAGAGUUAUGAUGUAUUCAAGGCAGAUAUGGAAAUAUGGGUAUGGAGUGAAGUUGAUCAAAAUACGCCAUUGAGUGAACAAUACAAAGACACUCUCACACUAGCUGAUGGCUCUACGUAUGAGGCUGUAUCAGUUAUAAAACCGUACUCUGAAACAAAAAAUGGCGAAUCCACUUCUCGACACCGGUGCACGCAACUGAGAACUGCUGUGUCAUUUGCUGCACCAGAAUCUGAUGAUUUCACCGAAAGUGGAAAAACACUCAGGGAUCAUCUGACAAUACUUGAGGGACUUUUCAAAAACGUUGGAUUUUACCCUAAACUUGAACUUGGCUCAUUCUCAGUUCUCCGAUGGAUGAAGCACUUUGAUGACUGCCUGUUAUGUCCGUCAACUGUUGCAGAUGAUAGCUCUUUGAAGAAGUUGGUAACAUAUAGUGAGAUGGUCACACUUUAUGAUAAAUGUGAAGAACCAAUUAUAGGUGAAGUUAACUCGACAAAACAAAAAUUAUUGGAGACGAAGUUUGGAGUCGAUGUAAUGAAGAACAACCCUCGAGUCCUGCCACAUUGGGGAAAGUAUUUCGAACAUAUCCCUGGAAUGUCUGAUCAGAUUAGACGUCAAUUUGGGGAUGAUCUUCGGACCUUCAUCAACAUGCGCAACAAAUAUAACCUGGAUAACAAGAACCUGUUUGUCAACAAUCACUUGAAGGAUAUUUUUAGAGAUGCCCUAGCUGAGACUUGUCCCGGAUAUAAUCCUUUUACAAUAAAUACAUAA